CUCUGCAUUGUUUCCUCCUGAGCUUUGUAUUGGUUUGUUUGUUUUUUUUUUCUUGACAACUUCAUCAUCGCCGUGGUAAUGCGCAACCUGCGCUGCUCUCCAACUGCACAUUUAACGUGCCUGGCGGAGCUACGAUCUAUCCAAGGCGAUACCAAGCCUCUGGCUAUCGACCGAUGAGGAUACCAGCCUCAGAAUCUGAGAGCAUCAUCUCUUGGGCCUAGGGCCAGACAGAAGCUCCAGUGCAAUUCCAGCUCGACGUUGGGCAUUGUGUCAACCCACCUGGUGUGGAAAAAAAAUGCACAAUGUACUCUUACAGACCGUUGUGGCGGUCCUCCUUGCUAGUAAAGCAGUUGAUGCCGCUUAUAGCAUAGGAUCAGAUGACGAGAUCAGGGCCUCGGCAAGAACCAUCGCCUACGACCUCAUGAGCUAUUACAGCGGUAACCAGUCGGGUCAGGUGCCGGGGAUCCUGCCGGGUCCGCCGCCCAAGGGCGACUACUACUGGUGGGAAGGCGGCGCGCUGAUGGGCGCCAUGAUAGACUACUGGCACCUUACGGGCGACGCGACCUACAACGACGUCGUGUCCCAGGGCAUGCUCCACCAGGUCGGGGACAACCGCGACUACCAGCCUGUCAACUAUACGGCGUCUCUGGGCAACGACGACCAGGCCUUUUGGGGCAUGAGCGCAAUGCUCGCCGCCGAGGUCAACUUUCCCAACCCGCCGCCGGACCAGCCGCAGUGGCUUUCGCUCGCUCAGGCCGUCUUCAACACCCAGGCGGCCCCUGCGAGGCACGACAAGACUUGCGGCGGGGGGAUGAGGUGGCAGAUUCCGAUUGCGAAUGCUGGAUAUAAUUAUAAGAAUAGUAUUGCGAAUGGUUGUUUCUUCAACAUGGGCGCAAGGCUGGCUCGGUAUACAGGCAACUCCAGCUACGCUGACUGGGCAGAGACACAAUGGGACUGGCUGCAGAGUGUUGGUUUUAUCGACGCAGACUACAACAUCUACGACGGUGCCCACAUAGAAACAAACUGCACCGACAUCAACCGAGCGUUGUUUUCCUACACCUACGGGGUCAUGGUGCUAGGUGCAGCCAACAUGUACAACUUUACCAACGGCAGCGCAAAAUGGGAAGCACGGGUUAAAGGUCUCCUCACGGCAACGUUCGAAACAUUCUUCCUCGACGACGUCAUCACCGAGGUGGCCUGCGAGCCGCACGACUCCUGCACGACCGACAUGCUCAGCUUCAAGGGCUACGUGCACCGGUGGCUGACGACAGCGACGACGGUGGCACCCUUUACGCGGGCCCAAGUCCUGCCCAUCCUGCGAAAGUCUGCCGAGGCGGCCGUGGCCACCUGCACGGGCGGCAAGGACGGGCGCCAGUGCGGCUUCAAGUGGUCGACGAGAGAAUUCGACGGCAAGACGGGCGCGGGCCAGCAGAUGAACGUGCUCGGGGCCGUCACGUCGCUGCUGCAAAAGGCGAGCCAGAGCGCGCCCCUGACCAACAGCACGGGCGGCACCAGCACGGGCGACCCGGACGCCGGCACGGGGCCACAGAUCGACGUCGGCGGCAGGUUCCGCGCCAUCACGGACGGCGACAGGGCCGGCGCGUCGUUCCUCACCAUCGCCAGCGCGAUCCUCUUUUGGGUCUUCUUCUUUUGGUUGCUCUCGGGCAUGGGCGAGGAGGACGCCAACCCCGACGGGGCGGAGGAGGUGAGGGAGAGGAGGAAAAAAGCCAAGGGCGUGGGGCUGCUGCGGCGUCUGAAGGGCGGAUAUCGGGGGGUGUAUACUGGCGAUGAUGGAGGAGGGGAUGUUGACAGCAAGGACGAAAACGAAAAGAGGGGGGCGGCUCGCUUGCCCCUCGCCAGGGGCCGCUUGAAGAGAAGAGCGGGAGACGACAGGCCGAAAGUAAAGGUGCCUCUGCUGCAUAAUUUUUGGCAGCCGGGUAGUAAGGAGUAGCAGCAUCCAGGGCGUGCUAUUGUACAUUCACGGUAACAGUUCCGGGCAUAUAUCUAUCUGUAUUCGUUAUGGAAUGCAUCCGUGGCUUGAGCCUACUGGGAUUCUGG